UCCCACGCGCACCGCUUCCAGAACCUUCCACCCCCCAAGCCAAGCCAAGCCAAGCCAAGCGGCGGCCGCUGCUACGGCUACAAGUCUCUCCUCCAGCGCUGCCGCCGCUGCUGGUGCUAGGCGUGCCUCGUCGCGCGCCCAUUCCCCCGCCCUUUUGUCACGCGCAAGCCGUGCCCACUUGCGCCACAUCAAGGCUUGCACGGGCGAAAAACCCCAUCCCAUCUCCGGUGCCAGAAGGCGCGGCCCUCUGUUGGUGGGUCCUGCCGCGGCCAUGAGCCACCGGAUGAUGAUGAAUCCGGUGAAGGUGGAGGGCGAUGGGCGGGCCGGCGGCGGAGGCGCGCCGAGGCCGAUGGACGGGCUGGGCGACGCCGGGCCCACGCCGUUCCUCGCCAAGACCUACGACAUGGUGGACGACCCCGCCACCGACGCCGUCGUCUCCUGGAGCGCCACCAACAACAGCUUCGUCGUCUGGGACCCGCACCUCUUCGCCACCGUGCUGCUGCCGAGGUACUUCAAGCACGGCAACUUCUCCAGCUUCGUCCGACAGCUCAACACCUAUGGCUUCAGAAAGGUGGAUCCUGACAGGUGGGAAUUUGCAAAUGAGGGAUUCUUGCGAGGGCAGAGGCACCUUCUCAGAAAUAUUAAGCGCCGGAAACCUACACAUGGGUCUCAGAAUCAGCAAUCUCUUGGCUCCUACCUUGAGGUGGGGAACUUUGGACAUGAUGUGGAGAUAGAUCAUUUGAAAAGAGACAGGCAGCUCUUGAUGGCUGAAGUGGUGAAGCUCAGGCAGGAGCAACAGAACACAAGGUCAGAUCUGCAAGCCAUGGAAAAGAGGCUGCAAGGAACUGAGCAGAAGCAACAGCAGAUGAUGUCAUUCUUGGCGCGAGUCAUGCAGAACCCCAUGUUCAUACACCAUCUGCUCUCCCAGAGUGAGAUGCGGAAGGAGCUCGAAGAUGCCAUCUCAAAUAAAAGACGGCGCCGCAUCGACCAGGGACCUGAAGCUGUCGAUAGCAUGGGCACUGGCUCUACCCUGGAGCAAGGGUCACAGGUAAUGUUUGAGCAGCAGGAGCCAGUGGACUCGCUCGUGAACGGUGUCAUAUCCGAUCUUGAAAGCUCGUCCGUCGAUACAAAGGGAGCUGAGGUGCAGCAGAGUGUCGCUUCCAGCCGUUCGGAGCAACUGAGAGGCAGGCCCAGUGGAGAGCUAAAUGAUGAUUUCUGGGAGGACCUGCUGCAUGAAGGGGGGCUCGGCGAGGAGGCCAGCAACCUGGUGGUUCCAGAUGACAUGAACUUGUUGGCUGAGAAGCUGGACUAGCUCGACUCAAAGGACGCGAAUUCCGGACAAUAAUCCAUCGCAUUCUAUUGCCGAGCAGCCCUGAGAAUCCUUACCAGAAUGCCUGUUGUUAUAUAUGUAUAUAUGUCUGCUUCGGCCAUGAUCAGUCAGUCGAGUAGAUCACUGCUGCCUUUGGUGAUGAUGCCACCCUAUUAUCUUAUUGUCGAUCUUAUUUUCGUCAAUGCCGUGUUUAGUUCAACUUCUGGGAGGAUUCUAGUUGGGUUGCUUGCCACUGUCUGCUGUGCAAAGAUUUUAGUCGGAUUGGGCUGUAUGCCUAGUUUUCUGAUAGCUAAUGUCAUCCAUAUGAGAAUAAAUAUGAUAGUACCCAGUAUAUAGCACGUAUAUGUGCAGUGAUUGUAUCUGGAUGAUAUCGAUGUACAGUAGUAUCAUGUUGUGCCUAUGUGUAAUGUGCCUGCUACCAUCUUCUUUUAGGCAACUGUGCUUGUUGCUUCCUUAGGGAGGCUUUGUACUGUAUCCUGUAUUCCUCACUAAGGAAUUGGUAUCUAAAGUUGUUCACAUUAAGAAAGUUUAUCA